AUGAGGGAUGGACUAUCUAAAAAGUGGAAUCCUUUGAAGAAGAGUGAGAUAUUUGAAGAGGGAUGGACUCUUGAAAAUUUGGCAACUAAAGUAAAGAAAGAUGAAAGGAAACUAUCAAUAGGAUGUGUUUCAUGCAUCAACGAGUGGCAUGAUGUUCCUCAAACAUGUACAACGCUUGAGGAGGAACGUUAUGGAUUCUCGAGGCAAGGCCGAUGGCACCGGCUUCUUCGUAUUAGGACAAAGCUAAAGGCAAGCACAUGUUGGUGGUUGAGCUUUGGUCGCUAUCCGAGCGACCAGAAGGUGAUUGGCCUCCGGAAACUUGGAAGGCGGGUUCAGAUAUGUCAUCAAACUACUGAUCACAUGCAUUGCAACCGCCACCAUGGAUUGGCUAUGUUUAUGAACCAUGAUUUUAAGGAUGAUCGUCACCAAUUUCUGUAA